AUGGCUAAAUUCAAAGUGCUCCUGUUAUGUUUAUAUUUGUUGUUCAAAAUCUGUACGUCAAUUGAGAUCGAUGAGAACAGCAACAGCAGAGAGAGCCGGAAGUUGUUUGGAGGAUAUAGGAUAACACCCAAGUUCUGCGAACCGACGCGGAGGUUAUCGGACCAGUUCCAAGGGCCAACCAUAUGCAUGUUUAAUCAUGACUGCUUGCAAAGAAGAGGAGUUGUUGUUGGAGCUUGCAUGGAUGGAUUCUUUUUCGGGGCCUGUUGUCAUCUUCCUGCUGAAACUGUUGGAGAACUCUUAGAAUUGGAUAGCAGACCUUCAUCUUAUGGUCCCGAUAAUACCAUAGUAACACAGUUCACCAGACCUCCGACUUUUCUGGGAGACAUAACAUCUUCUGGUGUUUCGCAUAUAACAAACACUUUGUUGCAAGGAGCUUUGCCAACUGCUCAGGAAAACGCCGUGUUCCAGAUCAACGAUCAAGAUCACUUUAGCACUGCCGGAGUCACGCAUCCAACUGCUCCAGAUACGUUGGUAAUUAACAACGCUAACAAUGAGAUUAAUGGAGAAGAUUUCCAACCCAUUAUGGAGGAUAGGAAGACUACUUUUAGCAUAGAAGAAACCACUCAUCCUUAUAUACCUGACGUUUCUCCUUACAUACAAAUAUCGAUUUCGAACGCUCCUCCAUUCUACACAACAGCUCCAGGCUUCAACAAACCAAUCUUCAGACCAAAACCGCAGAAACCUUCUGAUGCUGACAAGUACAUCCUUGUCCCAACUAUCAAUCAUGAAGCAACAAAACCAAACAAAACGGAAAUAGAUUCAAUCGUCAACAUAAUUCAGAUGCUGGAUGAGACUUCCACUGGAACCUAUACCGGUGGAUCAACAAUAACAACUACAAGAAAACCACCAUCCACGUCUUAUGUCUUCAGCGCAACAAACACCAAACGUCCUACAGCAAAACCAACGACAACUCCGCCACGGAAAACUACAACAAAGAACAAGACAACUACGAAGAAAACAACUACCAAAAUUACUUCCACAAAGAAACCGGUUUAUAUUCCAAGUUCCACCUUCAGGCCGGUCCAUUCCACUUACGUGAAUUCAAAUUACCAAACUACCAAGAAACCUCCAAGCACCUCUUACGUGUACAGCUCUACAGUUACUCGGCGCCCGACAAUUUCUCAGACAUCUGCGAGUCCGAGUCCUCCGACUGUAAUAGUUUUGGGAUCGAUCGACCCAACCCGUUACACCACCUCAAAACCAUCGACCUACGCACUUCCAUCUCCUUACACCACCCAAAGACCGACCACCUACACGGUUCCUUCAAAGCGCCCAGUGACCUUCACCAUCAACAACCACUAUACCCAGAAUGUUUACAGCACAUCCACUGAAAGACCUUCGCCAACUGUCUUGAUAACACCAAAGCCAAGCACACAGCCCUCAACCAGCUUCCAGACUGAAGCGGUCGAAGCUGAAACAUCCGCCGACGAUUUAAUCAAUUUCCCGCCCGUUCGCAAUCCGAAUCUCAACAUGUCCAUUCCCGUUUUCGAUGAGAGCGAUAUCACCACUCCAGAUUUUAUUGAGGAUGAUAUACUAAACACUAAAGUAGAAUCAUUUGUUAACAAAAUUAUCGAGGGACUACAAGAACCUUUUCAAGGACUCAAAGACGUUGUAUACAAUAAGAACAAAACAGCAGUUGAUACAACUACCAAGAAACCCAUCAAAAAACAAGGAACAUCAAGGAAACCUACAAGUAAACCUACAACUAAACCAGUUGUGAGCACAACUGCUGGAAAAGCUACAACAAAGAGGCCGACAUCUAAAAAACCUACCACUGUUAUAACUACAAAAAGGACAACUGUAAGCACGACCACAAAAAGGACAAAACCAACUAAGAAAAUUACAACGACUCCCAGUUAUAUUGAAGCAGAUGAAGGAACGACUCCAUCAGAUAGCAUUAGUCAAGAUUAUAGAACUCAAUGUGGUAUAAGGCCUCUAAUGAAGUCAGGCAGGAUCGUAGGAGGUAAAGCUUCCACUUUCGGCGAAUUCCCAUGGCAAGUUUUGGUACGUGAAUCCACAUGGUUGGGUUUAUUCACCAAAAACAAAUGCGGCGGUGUGCUGAUCAGCAAUCGUUACGUGAUGACAGCCGCUCAUUGUCAACCAGGAUUCUUAGCUUCUUUAGUCACAGUUUUCGGUGAAUUCGAUAUUUCUGGAGAACUGGAAUCGAAGAGAGCGAUCAGCAGAAACGUGAAGAGAGUAAUCGUGCACAGGCAAUACGACCCAGCCACCUUCGAAAACGAUUUGGCUCUAUUAGAAUUGGAACAUCCCGUGCAAUUCGAUCAACACAUCAUUCCCAUCUGUCUUCCGAGAGAUCACGAGGACUUUACCGGUAGAAUGGCUACAGUCACCGGAUGGGGAAGGCUGAAGUACGGAGGCGGCGUUCCAUCCGUUCUGCAAGAAGUUCAAGUACCGAUCAUGGAAAAUACAGUAUGCCAAGAGAUGUUCAGGACUGCCGGCCACUCGAAGGUCAUCCUGGAAUCGUUCCUGUGCGCGGGAUAUGCAAACGGACAGAAGGAUUCGUGCGAGGGAGAUUCCGGUGGUCCUCUGGUAUUACAAAGGCCUGACGGAAGAUAUCAAUUGGCAGGGACAGUUUCGCACGGCAUCAAAUGCGCUUCGCCCUAUUUACCUGGCGUUUACAUGAGAACCACCUACUACAAACCUUGGAUCGGAUCUGUGACCGGAAUCCACUAAAGCGACGGAGAAGGAUCAUCUUGUGUAAUCGAUAGGAAUUUGAAGAGAAGAAAAGUUUAUUUUGUUUUGUAUUUG